CAGGAUUUUUGAGUUGGGCUCGCAAUUACCCCUGUUAAAUGCUAUUUUUAUUUUUUUAAGGUAAUGACACUAGCCCAAGAAGCAGACAGAUUAUGUGUUAUUCAUCAAGAUCAUUCAGGACAAAUACAGUCAAAAAAUGCUGAAAUCUCAUCUAAUUGGGAAAGUCUUAAAUCAAAGGCACAAGAGCGCCGUAGACGCCUGGAUGAGUCGUAUCUUCUUCACCGAUUUCUAGCCGACUUCAGAGAUUUAGUAUCUUGGAUUCACGACAUGAAGGCUAUCAUUUCUGCAGAUGAAUUGGCGAAAGAUGUAGCAGGAGCUGAAGCAUUGCUUGAAAGGCAUCAGGAACACAAGGUUUGUAUUGAAUAUUUUCAAAAAUCAAAAUUUCUUAUGCAGAGCCAAUUUCUGAAUUCAGCUGACAAAUGCCAGCGCCUCUUAUCCAUGGCAACCAUGGGUGCAAGUCUUCCGUCCCCAGGACGGAUUUCCGUCUUUCGAAAAUGUCCGCGGAUGGUAACACAGGGAUGAGAUUCUUCCGCGGAUUUCCGGUUUUUUUUCA